AUUGGAUGCAUCGGAGUCUGCAUCGGCACCAUCGUGACAGCCACUGCUCCGACCAUAGGAGGCUUCAUUGGUGGAAGAUUCAUCUCUCUUCCUUCGCAAAGAUAGCAGCAGUAGCGGCUCCCCUAUAUAUAAUAGUACUCUCGCCACCACAACAUCGUGGAACAAUUUCUGGCAUGUACAAACAUAUUAUAUUACUUCAGUUCAAUAAUUGCCACAUGUGCUGUUUAUGGCUCGAACUUGCAUCUCACCGGUGCUAUUUCAUGGCGUCUCUCACUCUGGCUGCAAAUGCUGUGCCCUGGGUUUGUGUGUUUGGGAGUUUGGUUCUGUUCAAAGUCGCCUCGAUGGUACAGUUCA